AUGGGGGAUAAAAAGGAUUUGGAAAAUGGAGAUGCCUUGGCGGAGAAGAUUCGUAAACCAAUUAAGUUACCAAUGCUGCCAAAGAGUCUUAACUUAGAUGAGAAGAAGUAUCUCAUGGCUGUUGAGAGAGGGGACAUCGCGAAUGUUAGACGAAUGAUCCAAAGAGCCCACCGAAAGAACCACAUAGAUUUAAACUGUGUGGAUUCUCUCGGUCGUGGUGCUUUGACUCUCGCCAUUGAUGGAGACAACCUGGAGAUGGUGGAGCUCCUUGUGGUGAUGGGUGUACAGACCAAGGAUGCCUUGCUCCAAGCAAUUAACGCAGAGUUCGUUGAAGCUGUUGAAUUGUUAUUGGAGCAUGAAGAACUAAUACACAAGCAUCCAGCACCAUAUAGCUGGCAAACAGUGGAUCCGACAACAGCGCUCUUCACACGUGACCUCACUCCACUUGUUUUAGCGGCACAUAAGAACAACUACGAAAUAAUCAAAAUCCUUCUCGACAGAGGUGCAACGUUACCAGAUCCUCAUGAUAUACGAUGCGGCUGCGAUGAAUGUAUAAUAGAUUCAACUGAAGAUCCAUUACGACACUCUCUCGCCCGUCUCAACGCGUACAAAGCCAUGGCGUCUCCGUCUCUUAUAGCUUUAUCUUCUACCGACCCAGUUUUGACUGCAUUUGAACUGUCUUGGGAACUACGGAACUUGGCGUAUGCUGAACAGGAAUGUAAAGCAGAGUACCUAGAACUACGUUGUCAAGUGCAAAGGUUCGCUGUAGAUCUUCUGAACCAGUCUCGAAGCUCUCAGGAGUUGGCCAUCAUCUUGAAUCAUGAUCCCGAGGAGCCAUUUGAAGAAGGAGACCAUAUGAAGUUGGCUAGAUUAGAACUGGCUGUCGAUUAUAAACAAAAGAAUUUCGUAGCUCAUCCAAAAAUACAGCAACUUCUAGCGUCUCUAUGGUACGCGGGAGUUCCAGGCUUCCGACGCAAGUCAAAUAUAGAGAAAAUGUUCAUCAUUAUGCGAGUAGCAUUACUAUUCCCGUACUACUGUCUACUGUAUAUGGUAGCUCCGAAUUGUGAUACUGGGAAGCUGAUGAGGAAGCCAUUCAUGAAGUUUUUGAUACAUGCAUCAAGUUAUUUGUUCUUUUUACUAAUCUUGAUAUUGGUAUCACAAAGAGCAGAAGUUCAAGUCGUUCAACUAUUCGGGCCUGAGUGGAUGGUGAAGAAGGUAGAAGAAGAACUGAAGAGACAGAGGGGGAAUGGCCCCACUGUUCUGGAAAUACUUGUUCUUAUAUAUGUGAUUGGAUUCAUUUGGGAAGAAACACAAGAGAUGUACACCGAAGGCUUUCGCGCUUAUCUCCGCAACAUGUGGAACUUUAUCGACUUCACCCGAAACACGUUAUAUGUGUCCGUUGCGUUGCUACGUUUUGUGGCUUAUUUGCAGCAAAAUGCUGAGAUAAAACGCGACCCCAACACAAGAUUUAUACCAAGAGAACAGUGGGAUGAUUUCGACCCGCAGUUGAUUGCUGAAGGCUUAUUUGCUGCUGCUAACGUGUUUAGUGCGUUGAAACUGGUACAUCUGUUUUCUAUAAACCCUCACCUGGGUCCACUUCAGAUCUCCCUUGGGAGAAUGGUCAUCGACAUCGUCAAGUUCUUCUUUAUCUAUAGUCUGAAUCAAUUGCUUUGGUAUUUCGCCGAUUUGGAAAAGCAAAAAUGUUACGCUUUACCCGGCGGUCUCCCGGAUUGGGAACACGCGGGUGACUCUUGCACUAAAUGGAGAAGUUUUGGAAAGUGA